GAUUUCCCGGGGAGGUCCUUUCUGGGCCCCGGGUGGAGGUGGGGGAGAGGCGGGCAGGAGCCUAAGCCUGGGAGCCCUCUGCGUCAGCUGCUGCUCACUUUGCCGCGCCAGUACCAGCCGGGACUCACCCGCAGCUCCAUGCUUGUUCCCGGCUCGACUCGUCCAUCUUCCGACAAGAGGCAGCCCAUGAGGCUCCCAGUCCCCUCUGAGUACCACCCUGAAGGAUGUCCCAGCUCUCCUCUACCCUGAAGCGCUACACAGAAUCGGCCCGCUACACAGAUGUCCCUUAUGCCAAAUCGGGCUAUGGCACCUACACCCCCUCCUCCUAUGGGGCCAACCUCACUGCUUCCUUCCUGGAGAAGGAGAAGCUUGGUUUCAAGCCGGGCCCCCCCUCCGGCUUCCUCACCCGACCCCGUACCUAUGGCCCCUCCUCCAUCCUGGACUAUGACCGGGGCCGCCCCCUGCUGAGACCUGACAUCAGGGGUAGUCAGCGGACAGAAAGCCAGACCUGGGGCACUGAGUGGACUUCAGGGAGUGAACUCAGCGGGGGCAGUGGAUUAACUUAUGGAGUGACCAGCAACUCCCUCAGCUACCUGAAUGCCCGUGACCAGGGGAUAACCCCGACCCAGAAGAAAUCGAACAGCCACUUAGACCUGGUCCGGGAUUUCUCCAGCCUCCAGACCUCAGAUAGCUACCGGAUAGACCCAGGGAACUUUGGCCGGAGCCCCAUGCUGGCCCACACGCGCAAGGAGCUCUGUGCCCUGCAGGGCCUGUACCAGGCAGCCAGCCGCUCCGAGUACCUGGCCGACUACCUGGAGAACUAUGGUCGCAAAGGCAGCGCACCUCAGAUGCCCACCCAGCCUCCUCCCUCCCGAGUCCCUGAAGUCCUCAGCCCCACCUACCGACCCAGUGGCCGCUAUACUCUGUGGGAGAAGGGCAAGAGCCAGACUCCUGGGUCCAGCCGCUCCAGCUCCCCAGGGCGAGAUACCAUGAAUUCUAAGAGCGCCCAGGGUCUGGCUGGUCUUCGAAACCUUGGGAACACGUGCUUCAUGAACUCGAUUCUGCAGUGCCUGAGCAACACCCGGGAGUUACGCGACUACUGCCUGCAGAGGCUCUACAUGCGAGACCUCAGCCAUAGCAGCAGUGUACACACAGCCCUCAUGGAAGAGUUUGCAAAAUUAAUCCAGACCAUAUGGACAUCAUCCCCCAACGAUGUGGUGAGCCCAUCUGAGUUCAAGACCCAGAUCCAGAGAUACGCACCGCGCUUCGUUGGCUAUAAUCAGCAGGACGCUCAGGAGUUCCUUCGCUUUCUUCUGGACGGGCUCCACAAUGAGGUGAACCGAGUAACAGUGAGGCCUAAGUCCAUCCCUGAGAACCUCGAUCAUCUUCCUGAUGAUGAGAAAGGGAGACAGAUGUGGAGGAAAUACCUAGAACGGGAAGACAGUCGGAUUGGGGAUCUCUUUGUUGGACAGCUAAAGAGCUCCCUGACGUGUACUGAUUGUAAUUACUGUUCAACAGUCUUUGAUCCCUUCUGGGACCUCUCACUGCCCAUUGCUAAGCGAGGUUACCCUGAGGUGACAUUAAUGGACUGCAUGAGGCUCUUCACCAAAGAGGAUGUGCUUGAUGGAGAUGAAAAGCCAACAUGUUGUCGCUGCCGAGCCAGAAAACGAUGUAUAAAGAAGUUCUCCAUCCAGAGGUUCCCAAAGAUCUUGGUGCUCCAUCUGAAGCGGUUCUCAGAAUCCAGGAUACGAACCAGCAAGCUCACAACAUUUGUGAAUUUCCCACUAAGAGACCUGGAUUUGAGAGAAUUUGCCUCUGAAAACACCAACCAUGCUGUUUACAACCUGUAUGCUGUGUCCAAUCACUCCGGAACCACCAUGGGUGGCCAUUAUACAGCCUACUGCCGGAGUCCAGUGACAGGCGAAUGGCACACUUUCAAUGACUCCAGCGUCACGCCUAUGUUCUCCAGCCAAGUGCGCACCAGCGACGCCUACUUGCUCUUCUACGAACUGGCCAGUCCACCCUCCCGUAUGUAGCAGCAAGGAGCUACAUCCCUUUCACCCUCCCCCGUGGUCGCCCCACACCCCAAGUUUUUUAAAAA